AUGGCGAAUGCGUCGCGGACGCGGGCCGGAGGACCUCUCUCGCGGCUGUUAAUAUUAGCUAUAUUACAGGUUAACUUUAUAGCCUCAGGUCUGGAACCGGAUUUCCUGUACCCCCUGGAGAAUGUGACCAUCGCGCAAGGCAGAGACGCGACGUUCACCUGCGUGGUUAAUAAUCUAGGUGGUUAUAGGGUGAGUGGCGACUCCGCCACUGCCAGGGUAGCGUGGAUCAAGGCGGAUACGAAGGCGAUUUUAGCGAUACACGAGCACGUGAUCACCAACAACGCGAGGCUGAGCGUCACCCACAACGACUACAACACCUGGACGCUGAACAUCCGCGGCGUGAAGAGGGAGGACAGAGGACAGUACAUGUGCCAAGUCAACACGGAUCCUAUGAAAAUGCAGACGGCUUACCUAGAGGUCGUGAUACCACCGGAUAUCGUUUACGAAGAGACGUCGGGGGACAUGAUGGUGCCGGAAGGUGGAUCCGCUAAAUUAGUUUGUAAGGCGAGGGGGUAUCCUCCUCCGAGAAUCGUAUGGCGAAGGGAAGACGGCGGAGAUUUGAUCUCCAGGGGCGGCCCACAAGGAAAAACAAAAGUGACGUCACUGGAGGGUGAGAUAGUGAACCUGACGAAAGUGACGCGGUCCGAGAUGGGCGCAUACUUAUGCAUCGCGGCAAACGGCGUGCCGCCCUCCGUCAGCAAGAGGAUCAUGCUGCACGUGCACUUCCAUCCACUAGUGCAAGUGCCGAAUCAGCUGGUCGGCGCUCCUACGGGCACGGACGUCGCUCUGCAGUGCCACGUGGAAGCUUCGCCGAAAGCCAUCAACUAUUGGACGAGGGAGAACGGGGAAAUGAUCAUAACCAACGACAAGUACCAAAUGAGCGAGAUCAACAGUUCCGCCUACAGCGUGCAAAUGCGUCUCGUGGUGAAGAGUAUUCAGGACGGCGACAUGGGGGGCUACAAGUGCAUCUCGAAGAACUCUAUCGGCGACGCCGAAGGGACCAUCAGGCUGUACAAAAUGGAGCUUCCAUAUCUUAAAUCACGAGGCGAAGACGCAGAAACGAAUUACGUAGAGACAAACGACGUGCGGUCCAGUCUCCAAGGCCCGCUGCGGGAAGGGGGCCAUCGAGCUGAAGACGCGGACUCGGGGGGCCGGCCGUCCCCGGCUGCCUCCUACCGCAUAGCUCCCCACGCGAUCUUUUUAAUAUCUGCCUUGGCCUUUGCGUGCUAA